AUGAAGUUCGUUUCCACGCUGGCUCUGGCAGCCCUCGCGCACCUGGCGUGCGCUGUCCCCAUGGCGGAGAGGCGUGCUGAUGCCGCCACGCCCGUCGGCUACGCCUCGCAGAACGGCGGCGUCACUGGCGGCGCGGGCGGAGCCACGACGACCAUCUCGUCGCUGCCCGAGAUGACGGCUGCGCUCGAGAAGGGCGAUGACACGGCCAAGGUCAUCUACAUCAAGGGCAAGAUCACGGGCGAGGAGAAGAUCUACGUCGGCUCGAACAAGUCCAUCCUCGGCGUCGACUCCGACUCCGGGCUCGAGGGCAUCGGCCUCCUGGUGCGCGACGCCAAGAACGUCAUCAUCCGCAACCUGGCCAUCUCCAAGGUCGCGGCGGACACGGGCGGCGACGCCAUCGCCAUCGACGGGUCGACCAACGUGUGGGUCGACCACUGCGACCUGUCCAGCGACCUGGCGGCGGACAAGGACUUCUACGACGGGCUGCUGGACAUGUCGCACGGGGCCGACUACAUCACCGUGUCCAACGUCUACUUCCACGACCACCACAAGAACUCGCUGGUCGGGCACUCGGACUCCAACGCCGACGAGGACACGGGCAAGCUGCACGUCACCUACGCCAACAACUACUGGAGCAACGUCGGCUCGCGCUGCCCGCUCGUGCGCUUCGGCACCGUGCACGUCGUCAACAACUACUUCGAGAACGUGUCCGUGUCGGGCAUCAACACGCGCAUGGGCGCCCAGGUGCUCGUCGAGAACAACGUCUUCGACAACGUCGUGCAGGCCCUCGUCUCGGUCGACUCGUCCGAGGACGGCUACGCGGUGGCGCGCGGCAACGACUGGGGCACCGCCACCAACGCCGCCCCCGAGGGCACCCUCACCGAGAUGCCUUACACCUACACCGCCGUCGAGGCGAGCGCCGUCAAGGCGGCUGUCGUGGGCAAGGCCGGCAACACGCUUUCUGGAUUGUAG